GAGAGAGAGAGAGUGUGUGUGUGUUUGUAUCAUUCUCUUCUUCAUGAUGUGACAUCCUGUAACGGAAGGACUAAAUAUGUGUGUGAGUGUGUGUGAGAGAGAGUGUGUAUAUCUGUGAUGUACGUCACCCUUUCCUCCUGUCUCAUGUUCUCACACACACACACACACACACACACACGAGGACGGACUGACUGCAGUAUAAUGAUACACUCCAAUCAGUCCAUUCACUCCAUCUUCUGCUGCUGCUGCUGCGCUCUACAGACCAGCAGCACUCAAGUGAACGUGAACCCCAGCAGAUAUCCGGGAUCCGUCUACACGACUCAGCUGUCUCAGAAGAAGCUCCCUCCGUCUCCUCCUGAGGAUGAUGAUAUCGGUCUGAUGAAGGUGGUGGCCAUGUAUGACUUCACGGCCAGAGAGAGUUCAGACCUGACGCUCCGACACGGAGAGACCUACCUCAUCCUCCACAAACAACACCAGCUGUGGUGGAGAGCGAAAGACAAGCACGGGAACAAGGGCUUCAUUCCCAGUAAUUAUGUUACAGAAAUCGGAACAAUAGAAGCCAAUGACUGGUACUGCAAGAAUAUCAACAGAGCUGAAGCUGAACAUUUACUCAAACGAGAGGGGAAGGACGGAGGGUUUGUGGUCAGGAGCUCCAGUCAGCCGAGCAGCUACACCGUCUCUGUUUACACACUCAGUUCAGGUAAAGGGGAGGUGAGGCACUACCAGAUCAAGCAGACAGACACGGAUCACUUCUUCUUGGCAGAGAAUCACGUGUUCAGCUCCGUUCCUGAACUCAUCAACUACCACAGACACAACGCCGCUGGCCUGGUUUCCAGACUGAGAUAUCCCAUCGGCCCCAUGGGUAAAUGUCUGCCGGCCACAGCGGGAUUCAGCUCAGAUAAAUGGGAGAUCAACCCGUCUGAGCUGACCUUCAUGAAGGAGCUGGGCAGUGGUCAGUUUGGAGUGGUGCGGCUGGGAAAAUGGAGAGCGCAGCAUAAAGUGGCCAUAAAAACCAUCAGGGAAGGAGCCAUGAGUGAAGAUGAUUUCAUCGAGGAAGCCAAGAUCAUGACGCGUCUCUGCCACCCGAAGCUGGUCCAGCUGUACGGAGUGUGUGUCACGCAGCGUCCCAUCUGUAUCGUGACGGAGUUCAUGGAGAACGGCUGCUUGCUGCACUUCUUGAGACAACACAGCAGAGGCCUGGGCCGCGUUCAGCUGCUCUUCAUGUGUGAGGACGUCUGUGAAGGGAUGGAGUACCUGGAGCAGAGCAGCUUCAUCCACAGAGACCUGGCCGCGCGGAACUGCCUGGUGAAUGAAAGGAACGUGGUGAAGGUGUGCGACUUUGGCAUGACCAGGUACGUCCUGGACAAUCAGUACACCAGCUCCAUGGGAUCCAGGUUCCCCGUCAAAUGGUCUCCACCCGAAGUUCUUCACUUCAACAAGUUCAGCAACAAGUCAGACGUCUGGUCAUUUGGCGUGUUGAUGUGGGAGGUUUUCUCGGAGGGAAAGUCACCGUUUGAGAACCGCUCUAAUCUGGAGGUGGUAGAGGAGGUGACCCAGGGCGGCCGUCUCUACAGGCCUCACCGGGCAUCUGCACACAUCUACAACAUCAUGUACCGCUGCUGGCAUGAGAAACCUCACGGACGACCGCCUUUUUCUGAACUACUGCAGAACAUCCGACAGAUCACUGAAGAAGAGACAGACACAUGAACACACACACGUACACAAGCUGUGUGUGUGUGAUGAACCUUACAGUCAUAAGUGAGAUAUUGAGAUGUUUUAUAUAUGUACAUGUAAACAACUUCAUGUCAGUCUGUAAGUUCACAAGAACCCGAGGACAUGAAUAAAGAUACUCACAAUGGGAGGUGCUAUCACUGCGUGUGUGUGUGUGUGUGUGUGUGUGUGUGUGGUUACACAUACCUGAGGUGGAGUCGAGUGUUUAAUUAAAUGUAAAUUCUUUGGGGAAAGACAUCAUUCGGUCGUCAUACACCAUGAGAAUCCUUCUUUUCCUCUUCGUCCUGACCGUAAGUUACUCUGUUAUUGCUGUUCAGUUCAUUGUUCUGUUCUCUCUUAUAAUCAGAUGUUCUGUGUGUGUCUCUCAGUCGAUCUCAGCAGCAGACGAGGCCAUCCAUGUACGCUCACACCAUCAUCCAGAAACUUGAGAGCUUGAUUAUUAUCGAUCAGAUGUGUUUGAUUGAUUUCAUGUGUUCAUUCUGUCAUGUUUGCUUUAGGUGUCUCUUCAUUAUCCAUAUGGCUACAUCUGGGUUAAUCCGUACCAGGUACGAGAAAAAAUGGAAAUGAACAUAUUUCUAUACGCUAAGUUUGCAUCAGAAUAUUGAUGUUUCUUGUCUUCCUCAGGGGUUCCCAGUUCUGACCCAUUAUGUAAGUGAUGUUGUGUUGUGUAAGUGUAAUAUCACACCGGUAGGUCUCAUCAUUUCUAGUUUUGGUUUCUCAGGUCUUUCCGGUGUGUCUCAGAUCAGCUGAACCUGAGCGCGUGACGACCCCACGACCCCUCGUGACCUCUGAGACCCCCCCCACACAGGCCCUGACCGAAGCACCUGUAACCACAACAACAACCAGACGAGGAGACAACUGAGUGUGUGUGUGUGUGUGUGUGUGUGUGUGUGUGUGUUUCACUGGAAUUUCAGCUUUAUUGCUGCAAUAAACCUCAGUGAUAAUAACAUUA